AUGAAGAAAGAGAAUCACACUUUGGUGAGUGAGUUUACUUUCCAGGGUUUCUCCAGCUUCCAUGAGCACCAGCUCACCCUCUUUAUUAUGUUCUUUGCACUGUACAUGUUAACCUUGGCAGGCAGUAUCAUCAUUAUGACCAUCAUUAGCCUUGAUUGUCACCUCCACACCCCCAUGUACUUCUUCCCCAGCAUGCUGUCAGCUUCAGAGACCAUGUACACAUUCAUCAUUAUACUCAAGAUGCUCUGUAACCUCACAGGCCUGAGUCAGCCCAUUUCUCUGGCAGGUUGUGCCACUCAGAUGUUCUUCAUCAUUUUGGCCAUCAACAACUGCUUCCUGCUCACAGCAAUGGGGCACGACGGCUAUGUGGCCAUUUGCAACCCCUUGAGGUACUCUGUCAUCAUGAACAAGAGGGCGUGCAUCCAGCUGGUGUGGGGGGCCUGCAGCAUUGGGCUGAUUGUAGCCAUGACACAGGUUACAUCUGUAUUCAGGUUACCUUUCUGUGCUACAAAGGUGGCCCACUUCAUCUGUGACAUCUGACCUGUGAUGACGCUCUCCUGCACUGACACGACUGUCAAUGAGAUACUGACUUUAAUCAUCAGUAUCCUGGUGAUCCUAGUUCACAUGGGAUUCGUUUUCAUUUCCUACAUCCUCAUCAUCUCCACCAUCCUUAAAAUUGCCUUUGCUAAGGGCCAGAAGAAGGCCUUUGCCACAGGUGCUUCCCACCUCACUGUGUUCAUGGUCCACUAUGGCUGUGCCUCCAUUGCCUACCUCAAGCCCAAGUUAGAGAACACCAAGGAUCAGGAUCAGCUAAUCUCAGUGACCUACACCAUCAUCACCCCCCUACUGAACCCUGUGGUGUACACUCUGAGGAACAAAGAGGUCAAGGAUUCUCUGCUCCGGGCCACUGGCAGGAAGCUUUCCUGA